GACGCAUGCAAACAGGAAGUACGUAACAGCUGUGCUUUGACAUUACUGCCUGUGAUAUGGCGCUGCCCGCGGUUAGGAUGCUGCUCGGAGGCUCUGGGGUCAGGAAACUCCUGCUCUUGUCCAGUGUAAAGGCGCAGCUGCUGAACACUCCUGUUACACUGGCAUACUCCGCAACUCCCUGUCGCUGCAUGAAAUCUGGCCACACCUACCUUCCAAAGAGUCUCCGCUUCUUCGCAACAAGAUCUUCCAGCUCAGUGUCCUCUGCAGCAGAGUCGAGCGAAGACACAAUCCUCAAAUGGAUCCUCCUGCUCAUCCCGGUGGCCACUUUCAGCUUGGGGACUUGGCAGGUUAAGAGGCGCAGCUGGAAGCUGAAUCUAAUACAAGAGAUGGAGACUCGAGUUUCUGGAAAGCCAAUACCACUCCCAACCGACUCCAUGGAGCUUAGGGAAUUGGAAUAUUGCCCUGUGAAGGUCAAAGGUCACUUUGACCACUCCAAGGAGCUGUACAUUUUACCUCGAACCCUGGUGGAUCCAGAGAGGGAGGCUCGGCAAGCCGGCCAAUUGGCAUCAAACACCCAGAGCGGCGCCCAAGUGAUAACGCCUUUUUACUGCACUGAUCUUGGAAUCACUAUCCUGGUGAAUAGAGGAUUUGUCCCCAAGAACAAGGUCAAUCCGGAAACUCGACCCAAGGGGCAGGUUUCCGGAGAAGUGGAGCUGGUAGGAAUUGUUAGACUCACAGAGGCGCGAAAACCUUUUGUCCCACAUAAUGACCCCACGAGGAAUCUGUGGCAUUACAAGGAUCUUGCAGCAAUGGCUCAGGUUGUUGGAGCAGAGCCAAUACUUAUAGAUGCCGAUCGAGGUAGCACAGUCCCAGGAGGACCUAUUGGAGGACAAACUAGGGUGACUUUAAGAAAUGAGCACAUGCAGUACAUUGUUACAUGGUAUGGAUUGUGCGCAGCCACCACUUAUCUAUGGUGCAAGAAGUUCUUAAUGAAAGUAGCUCUGUAGCUCUGUUCCAUCAGCAAUACAGAAAAAACAUCCAAUAUAUCGCAGGACAUCGUGAUGACUCUUUCCAGGAGUUACAUGUUCAGACAGCCACAGCCUUAUUAGCAAGAUAAAUGUACCCCAUGAGGCUUCUGGAAAUGGGCUCCUUCAUGAUUUCUAAUACAAGCUGAACUGUGUGUCUAAUUUUAAGCACUUACUGAACUAGGUGUUGAAUGAGGGCUCUUUUAUAAAGUAUCAAACCACACUUUAAUAAACUAGUGCAGUCUUUUGUUAA